ACUCUUCCUCCGCCCAGGUGAGCCGUGCACAGAGAUGCGUGUGAUGGAGCGCACCUUCCGGGAGCAGCUCUUCUUCCUGCUCCUGUGCCUCUGCGUCCUCAAGGGAGACUCCAGGUAUAUUGAGAAUAACGACAUCUCCCAGGAUGAACUUUUCUCAUUUUUCAACUCGGAGCUGAAGAGAGAAACACCUGAUGUGUUGAUGUAUCGACGUCCUUUGCGUUGUCUGGACAUGAUCGCCGUGGAGGGUCAGUUCACCUUCACAGCCGAGUCCCCUCAGCUCAACUGUGCCGCUUUCUUCAUGGCAGAGCCCAACCAAGUGAUCAGCGUGGAUUAUGACAACGUCGACAUCGACUGCAGCGGAGGGGACUUCAUCACACUGUUCGACGGCUGGGUGAUGAAAGGCGAGCGCUUCCCCAGCUCCCAGGACCACCCGCUGCCCCCCAACCGGCGCUACGUGGACUACUGCGACUCGGGCCCCGCCGGGGAGGGGGCGCGCUCCUCCCAGAACGUGGCCAUGAUCUUCUUCCGCGUCCACAGCGCCGGGGGCGGCUUCAGCCUGACGGUCAAGAAGCACACCAACCCCUUCCCCUGUAAUGUAAUCUCCCAGUCACCAGAGGGCAGUUACACAAUGGUGAUCCCACAUCAGCACAGAAACUGCAGUUUCUCCAUCAUAUAUCCGGUGGCAUUAGAUGUCUCAGAGUUCAGCCUGGGACGCCACAGCGGCUUCUCCAAGAGAUCGUUGUCUGGGUGCCCAGAGACUGGGGAUUAUGUCCAGCUUCUGGGGGGAAACGGCAUUGAUACGUCCAAGCUGUUUCCCAUCACGGACCUCUGCAUCUCCUUCACCGGACCCACCCACAUGAAGAUUGGCUGUGAAAACACGGUGGUCCGGAUGGUGUCCAGCGGGAAGUUCGUCAGCCGGGUGUCUUUCAGUUACAGGCUACUAAACAGCCAGGAGUUACAGAUGAUCAAACUCAACAACGUGGAGGAUUUCUGCUUCAACAACCGAGUCUGACGGGAGCAGAGUGUGACAGACGUGUCAUUUAGACUGCAGACUUUUCUUUACUGAAGGCAACUGAAACACCCGGUCGGUCUGAAAUCCAAAGACACCGAUGAGGAAGUGUACAGAAGAAUAUCCUAUCCUGUCACCUAGACACGGUUUCAGCCAUUUUGGUUUGGUUGCUAUUCCUCGCUCUCUCAUCUUUUAUGGCUCGUUAUUGUUAAGUUGAUCUGAGUUAAGUGUCCUUUCAUGGUCGUUGUAUUUUCUUUUUUAUUUAUCUUUUGUCUACGGUAUCUGCAUUUACUGAGAUGAUGCUGAUUUUUAAGUUAUUUCAGGGUUUGUGAUCACCAGUUUUGAGGAGGAAUGGUGCUAAAACGAAUGUUUCUUUCUGUUUGUGAGUCAUUUCCUGCCACAUAGGAGGAGAUAAAUGAGACAAAAAUCCGUUCUCGUUGCCAUUAUGCAGUAAAAUUGGAUCAAAAAGUUGUUUUUGUAAUAAAACUUUACUGCAUGGCAAAGCAUUCACACAUGGAUUUCUUUCUUUUUUUUUUAAAGCUGUGCCAUGAACAUGACUCCAGUUUAAAUGUGAAACCCGCAUUUCAGGUGUCAACAGUCUUUACAUCUUACAACUCUGAGUGGAAAGUUGAAAAUGCAUCCACUUUCCAGGCCCCAGCUGAGGCACUAGCCAGUCAGGUCACAUCAGUAUCUGCAUUACUGAUUUUAUAAACCUUAAACGUCUGGUCCAACCUCCCCCCUUUAGCAUUAAAGCAUUAACGCGGUAAGAAACAAAACUGUUCACAAAACACAGCAGAACACACAUGCAUGAACCCUCCAGGACACCGUACUCUGCAGCUCUAAAUCUUAGCACAUGGUCACCAUUUAUAUGAAAAUAUAAAUGGUAACUAUGAUAAAAGUAUUUACAUUUGUGGUCUCCGGGUUUUUUUUU